CAUAUUUAGUCGCCAAUGUCGAGUUAACAGACCAGCAAUGACCAUACGCUUUGCUGCUGCAGUACUUUGUCUUUUGCCUGUGCGGUUGUUGCUCCACUAGGUAACAUGACCCUUUACGAUCGUUUUUUUAUGGCAGUUUGAAAUUUUAUAGAAGGGUUUUGGUUCAACCGGUGCUGCUGAGCUUCCUUGGCUAGUCUAUGAGUCUAUGUGCAUGUUCGAUAUCGCUGUUUCUUUAUUCGUACUUCCUGAAAAGGACUUACUUAAUCACGUACUGUACAUGAUCUCAGGUUAGGCCAAUGAAAUGGAGCAGCUUGGUUAUCAGAAAGGCGGCCAUCUCUUUGCGUUCGUAGUCUUUAUAUCUUUUACGGGAAGCUCCUAAAAUACCGUGGCAAAUUUUACGAGGGAAAUUGUCUUUUCAAUUAAUUUCUUUUCAUAAAUACCGCCUCUAGUGUCCUGUUUUUAAGUCUGCACAAAAUACAGUAAAAUGUCGCUUUGUGUGAGGUCAUACUUGGGGAUCAUGGAAUCUGUGGGCAUGCCCGGUAGUUAAAGUUCCUAUGUUUUGUUUGGCAUCAUGAGGUUAUUUAUAGGACGUGUCCUUCCAUUAGCCCAGGAUGCAGCGGAACAUCUAAAGAAACGCAUACUGUUGUAAAAACAAAUAAAUCCGAAAGGAGUAAACAGAUUUUUAGGGUAGCAGUAGAAAAGUAUGGAAAACAAAUACGCUUUGACGAAUUUGUUUACUUUGUCGUUAACUUUCUUACGCGUAAAGAGGUACUUAACGUUCAUAUCGUUUUCGAUCUUUUCUUCCGUUUAUGUCUAAAGAAAUCAUAAUUCAACUCGAAACAGUUCUUCACACCUGUUAUUUUUUCAUAUGACUGGUUUUCUAGUUCGAAUACGUUUAAUGUAGACACAAAAUUACCCGUGAACCAAUCCCGGACACGACUAGAGAAUCAAAUGAAUGUUAAAAAUCCGGAGAAAAUGUCUGGGACAACACUAAAUAUCAACACCGAGCUCAUCGUGCUGUCGUCCAUAGGAGUGGUUUCAACUGUACUGGAGGGAGCUUAUAACAGUGUCACGGACCACUUGGACGAAAUUUGGAAAAUUUCGAUACCCGAAGAUUGGUUUGGACCUUCGUUGGAAAGUGUCGCAAAAACGAUUAUGGCGAUCAUUGUAAUUGCUCGAAGCGUAACACUCCACGUAUACGUCGGUUCAUAUAUACUUAUGAUGUACCCAAUAUUUAUGAAGAAGUCGGCUGCAUUGAUGGUAUUUUGGAUAUUUCUUGCUGCCUUGAGAAGUAUAUUUCUCAAUUUAACGUCAACAUUUUUGGGUUUCCUCAUUUGUGCUUUUUGCAGUAGUACAAGAGCAACAUGUUUUGAAUUUGCUGUGGUCAAAGGAGUAGAACUAGGUUGUUCUGUUUAUCUAUGGUUGACAGUCGGUGGAUAUUAUAUUAAAUUAAGGGAUUAUAAUUCACCCAGAUACCAUGAAGAACAGUCUUCUGGGGACCCAUCAUACAGAAGUCUUGAAUAUCCGAAUCCGCCUCCAAGGGAUUUUAUAGAAUGGUUAUCAUCCCAAGGGAUUAACAAAUAUGGACGUGACCGGGCAGAACUGAUAAAAAAAAUUUUGGCCAUGUCAAAACUAGAACUUAAGGAUUUUCAUGACAGAUUGAGAAAUAUGAUGUCAAGAACUUCGAUGCAGACAGUCGGAGUGGAUCCACGUGAAGAUCCUUAUCCAAGGAUUCAGGAACAAGUAUCUGCCAAUCAUAGCAGAAUGCAUGAUGACGAAGAAUGUUUUCCUAUUAAAAAUAAACAUAAGAUGCCAUCUUCGGUUAAUGUGCAAAUCAAAAGUUUUGACGUAGAUCGAACGCAGUAUAUCCAGGGAAAAAACGUAGAAUAUACCAAUAGUCAAGAUGCAUUAUCGAAUCAAAAGAAAAUCCACAGAACUCGCUCUGGCAUGUAUGAUGACGAUAGUCCUAAACAAGGGCGCUCGAAACCACCGAAAUACGUUUGUAAAGAGAAACGUUCGGAUUUAGUCCCACAAAGUCCUACACAUUCCAUUAAAAUGGCUGAUGACAAACAAACUACAGAAACAAUAAAUCAAAGGCAAAUGGAUGGCAGCUUCAUUUCAGUGCAAGUAACAGUGAUGCCUUGUGGAGGACCCAACGAAAUAUGCAUUCCUCAAGAGCAACAAGGAAGUACAUCAAAUCCAUACUCAGUUCCUGGUGAUGUUAAUCGUCCACAAAUAUGCCAAUGUGCAAUGAAACCACUAGGUAAAGAGAAAUCAGCGAUUCCUGCCAUACAGAGUGCACAAGCGAAUAAACUACCUUCUGUCACUAUGAGCAGACUUAGUGAACAUCCAUUGCCGUCAAAGUUGAUUAAACAGUUAGAUGAAACCACUGAAGCUGCCACUCAUGAACCUAGCAAAACAAGAGAAAGUUAUGGUACACUUAAUCCAUUAGCUAGGCAGGGUAAACUUGAACAAAUUAAAUCAGAAGAAUCGGUUACUUAUGAUGCCGAGAAAACGGCAGAAAAACGUUUUCCUUCAGAUUCGUAUCAACCUCCAAAACCAAAUGCUUCAACACAUUCGCAACACACAACAAAUAAACUCAGUACUAUGAAGCUAAAAGGGGAGAGUAUGGAAACUAAGCAUUCUGCACUCAAUUUCACAGAUGAGUUGGCCCAUAAGGAUUUAAAACAAAGAAAACGGUCGCAAAGUGAACCAGGCAUGUCACAUAGUGCUCGGAGCAGUCGUAGACUUCAAUAUGAAGACAUCAUUGAUACGAGAGGCUCACGUUCUCAGAAACCCAACAUUGUUUCGCUAGAGGAGUGGGAACAAGUAUGUGAAGAUUUCAAAAAACGUAUCUCUGAGCAAAAAGAGGAAGGAGAGAACAUACUGAAAGGAAGUUCACCCCAGUCCAUAGAUAGAAACAAAAGAAUGCAUAAAAGAAGGCAGAAUCGUGCAGAUCCAGACAUCAGAGAAAAUGAUAAAUCUAAAGAAAUAAAUAACAUUCAACCGAAUAAAAGUAGUUAUCAAUCAGCAAUGUCAAUGCAGAAAAAUCAUUCAGAUGAUUUGGAUACAAUUUUUAAGUCAGAAAGAAACGUCAGCUUAUCGAGUCCUCCAAGACUGCCAGUUAUCCCCACUAAAAUCACACAAAAAAAAGGCACUAUGACAGAUGAAGAAUGGUUAAGAGUAUAUCAGGAAUUUCUCCAUGGAAGCUAUGAAAGGCCAGCGGAUCAAUUAGCAAAUGCAUCAGACUUGUAUUUUGAAGAUUUAUACCCAGUUGAAAGUUAUGAAAAACAGUUAUUAGAAGAUAUGAAUAAAAGAAAUGAUAAGAAUGAUAAAGACAAGAGUUCCGGUGGAAAAAGCAAAUCCUACACUGCAGCCCAUGCAUUAACCAAAUUUGAUAAACGGUUGAAAACCACAACUUCACAAUCAUCGUACUGUGAUCUUCAAUUUCUAACUGAUUUGUUGUUGUCUGAAAAAGAUGAUGAUGAUGGAAAAGCAUUUGCCCAGUGGGCUCCUAUCUAUCUGGAUUUAUUAAGCAACAAGCCAGAUACAUAUUCAGAUGAUACUUCCAGUUUAUCUACAACAAAAAGUUCUACAAAAUUAUGUUUACCUGAAUCCUCUUCUCAGAUGGCGAAAGAUAAAUGGCUUUCAAGAUAUUCUCAAUUGUUAAAAGAAAACGAUAUAAAUUCUGACAUCCAAAAAGAAAUGGAAGAAGAAACAGGUUUGAGGAUGAGCACAGAAUCGUUAGCAACCACUUUAGACAUGGUCACGAGUGUAGGUUCAUCAUCAGCAACAUCCUAUCAAGAAUUGGAUAAUGCCAGAUCACUGUCUGUAUUAGAAUCUUCUAGUUCUUCACAUGUACUUGAUCAAAAGGAGCUUGAGAAAAAAAUAUACUCUGAUUCGAUGAAUGAACUGCUGACUAUAGCAUCUUUAGAAUCUCUUUUAGAUAAUGAAACCGACAGUGUAAGCGUUGAUGACUGUGAAUCCCGCUAACGCAAUUUUAAUAAACAAGUUGUUCUGUUG